AAGAAGUUUGCUGACUAAGAUGGCGACUGAGGCGCAGAGUGAAGGGGAGGUGCCAGCUUGCGAAUCUGGUCGCAGCGAUGCCAUCUGCAAUUUUGUUAUCUGCAAUGACUCUUCCCUUCGAGGCCAGCCCAUCAUCUUCAACCCUGACUUUUUUGUGGAAAAACUCCGGCAUGAGAAACCUGAGGUGUUCACUGAGCUGGUGGUCAGCAAUAUCACAAGGCUCAUUGAUUUGCCUGGAACCGAGCUGGCCCAGCUGAUGGGAGAAGUGGACCUGAAGUUGCCCGGUGGGGCUGGUGCGGCGACAGGCUUCUUCCGGUCUCUGAUGUCUCUCAAGCGGAAGGAAAAAGGAGUAAUAUUUGGAUCCCCAUUGACAGAGGAAGGCAUUGCCCAGAUAUACCAGCUAAUUGAAUAUCUACACAAAAACUUGCGGGUAGAGGGUUUGUUUAGAGUACCAGGGAAUAGUGUCCGGCAGCAGAUUUUAAGGGAUGCUCUCAAUAAUGGAAGUGAUAUUGACUUGGAAUCAGGGGAGUUUCACUCAAAUGACGUUGCCACCUUGCUGAAGAUGUUUCUAGGAGAGUUACCUGAGCCCUUGCUGACACAUAAACAUUUCCAUGCACAUCUCAAAAUUGCUGAUCUGACACAGUUUGAUGACAAGGGAAACAAGACUAAUGUACCAGAUAAGGCACGGCAAAUCGAGGCUCUUCAGUUGCUCUUCCUCAUUCUCCCUCCACCCAACCGUAACCUGCUGAAGUUACUGCUUGACCUCCUGUACCAGACAGCAAAGAAACAAGACAAGAAUAAGAUGUCCGCCUAUAACCUAGCUCUUAUGUUUGCACCCCAUGUCCUGUGGCCAAAAAAUGUCACUGCAAAUGACCUUCAGGAGAAUAUCACAAAGUUAAACAAUGGGAUGGCUUUUAUGAUUAAACACUCCCAGAAACUUUUUAAGGCUCCUGUUUACAUCCGGGAAUGUGCCAGAUUGCACUAUUUGGGCUCCAGAACUCAAGCAUCAAAGGAUGAUCUUGAUCUGACAACUUCGUGUCAUUCUACAUCCUUCCAACUGGCAAAACCUCAGAAGAGGAACCGGAUGGAUUCCUGCUGUCAUCAGGAAGAGACCCAGCAGCGCACGGAAGAGGCGCUGAGAGAGCUGUUCCAACACGUUCACAAUAUGCCAGAGUCGGCAAAGAAGAAACAGCUUAUCAGACAGUUUAAUAAGCAAUCUGUGACCCAAACACCAGGGCAAGAACCUUCCACUCCCCAGGUACAGAAGAGAGCCCGUUCGCGUUCUUUCAGUGGCCUUAUUAAGCGGAGGGUCCUGGGAAAUCAAGUGAUGUCAGAAAAGAAGAACAAGGCCCCUACUCCGGAAUCUGUAGCCACUGGUGAACUGAAGAGAGCCAGCAAAGAAAAUCUGAGCUUACUGUUGUCUGGGUCUCCAGCUGUCGUGACGACACCGACAAGAUUGAAAUGGUCUGAGGGGAAGAAAGAGGGGAAAAAAGGGUUCCUCUGAAGGAUCCAGAGUUCUACUGUUAUCCACCCAGAAUUUUCUCUGUAGUGGGCCAGGUGUCAUUCCCACUCAUGGAGAAGCUUGGACCGGCAACUUGCUUGCUGCGUUUUGAAUUGUGAAAGUUAAUUAAUCCUGUGACUUGACUGAUACCUCUAACCCCACUCACUGGAUGUUUUCUGCAGCCUCUGCCUUCUGAACCAGUGCUAGCAGUCCUCUCUCUCUUUUAAUAUUAUGGGGAAACCACUCACCUGCCAACCCGCUCACACAGCACACGGCACACAGCAAGUGGGUAGAUCCAGGCAGACUCUAGUGCUCAUUCCAUGUAUUUGCUUAAGCAUAUUUUGUUUUUUAAAAAUACAAGAUUUGUGUUCAACUGCCAGUAUUUUUUUUUAAGUACUGUCAAUCCUAGUGGAUUCAUGUUAUUUAACUGAUAAUUUGGAUUUUUCUGUUUUGAUACUGUUGGGUAUUUUUGUUGUCAUUUUUUAUUUGUUGUUUGUUCAUUUUUAAAAGCUGCUUUUGGUAUGUGUAACCUAAAUGGGCUCCAAGCCAGAAGUCUUUCCCUUUUUUUCACCUUCAGCUUUGGGAAAGCUUUAUCUCACGAGGCUGUGUUCCUCAAUACCUUGUUUGUGUCCAAGGACUUCAUAGCUUUCCCGGAAAGUUUUCAUUAUUUCUUGGGCCCAAAAUUGCAAGGUAUUUGGCUUGCAGUAUUGCAAAAGGAGAAUUCAGAGUGAUCUAAUAUUUUAACAAAUGUUAAUUAUUAAAUUGUGUCUCUCCUUUCCUCCACUCUCUCUUCCUCCCCCGAUCUUCUAACCUUAGUGAUGCCAAAUAAUGGUGUGAUUGCCGAAUUUGUGUCCUUUGUUUGGUUUCCUCUUGAACAUGGAGCAUCUCUGGCGCCCGCGUGGGGCCAGCCCUUCUGUGCCAGGUCACUGUGAUUCCAGGAAAGUCUCUGACUGCCAUAUGGAGGUUUGCUGAAAUAUCUGUGUGGUAGAAGCUGGGGUGUGACUAGGAUGGGGCCGGCUGGCUUGAUGUCCAGGACUGCCCCUCAGGGUGGGGCUAUACUGUACCCUUGUGAGGCAUCCGGCGGGCAGGCCAGGCUGUGAGAGCCAGCUGGAGUCAGGGGGAGGAGGUGCGCAGCAGCAGCCUCUGCACAGCUGAGAGGGUUUGAAGGAGAGAAUGUUCUCAUUUGGAGGCAGUGUGGCUUGUCACCAGAGUUCUGAGAAAGCAGCCCAGCCUCUCUCCUUGUAAUGGGCCCAAGGAGGAUGUGGAGAGGGGGCUAGAGCUGGAGCUUUGGCUGGGUGGUGAUGUUCACAAUGUUUGAGGUGAGCAGUGGUGUGGCUUUGAUCUCGUGUAAAUACUCAGGGCCCGGGGAGCGGCUGUGGUCAGAGAGAAGGUGCCCUUUGUGCCUGCUCUGCGAGGCUGUGCAGCUGUUCAGCCCAUGUGCUGGAGCUGAGUCAGGCCCUCUGUGGGGAAGCAGCUGCCCAGCAAAGUCUGUUUGGCUGACCCAUGUUAGACUGUCGGAAAUGCUGCGUUACUGCUGAAAUGAAAGGCAGCCCUGGGAGCGGAGCCGGGUUUCGUGUCUAGAGCCAACCCUCUUUUCCAUGCAUACUGUUUCUUUUGCUGCCGUAACAGCAGUUGUGAAGAAAAAAAAAAAAAGUAAAAUUUGGCCUUCCAAUUUGAUGGAUUGUGAACAGUUGAUGGUUAGGAGUAGAGACCUGUGUAUAAGCCCCUUUCUCUAGAGAAGUUUUAUUCUUAAAAGUCCUUAUUGGCAACUUCAGUUGUGCAGGUUUCUAUUUGGCUUUUUUCCUUGUUGAGAAAAAAUGGAAUUCCUUGCACCAGCUGUCAGUGAAUUCAAAGGGAAACCCCUUCGGGUGCGACCAGACUGAAGGAGUGUUCUCCCCUCACUCCACACUGGGUCCGCCUGUCCCACCUGGAGAGGUGCGGACGUCACACGUGGUCUGGCCUCAGGCGGAGGGAGCAGAGCCGUGACCUGACUUCCCCUUGUCACUGUGUUUGUCCCGUGGUCCUGCUGGAGGGCGGCACCUGGACCGCAGGCGGGACCGCCUCUGACCGUGCGGGGUCGAGGGUGCUCUGGCGCUGGGAGGGAGGGAGGUGGCUGUCGCGUGCGUGUGCUGUUCUGUAGCUUGUCCCGGGGCAGCUUAUGUCUGCAUUUGGGUGUGUGUGUUUCAUUUAAGUUAUUUAUUAAACUUGCUUUCCCUUGC